ACGUAUUUUUUACGUGCUGUUUUGACAUGUCAAAUAAAGUCAUUGCGUGUUUACAUUUUGGCGCGUUGAAGUUUAGUGGGUUAUUAUGAAUACACCUGGUUAAAAAAGAAAUUUUAAUGGAUAUGAAAACACUAAAAACUGCAAAGAAUAUUCAUAAUAAUAGGAACGCGAUACCUUGUUCUUCUAAUGUCAAGAAAGAUAUAUUUCCCAUAUGUGCUUCAAAUUUAGGCGACGAAGGAUAUAAUUCUUUAUCGGAGAUAAAGCCAUUACCAAGUGAGGCAAAAAGCACUGUCUGGAAUAACAUGUCAAUAAUCAAAAAUAAAAUUUACACUAUAUUACCUACAAACAAUUUUAAUUCAACCAGUUAUUUUGAGGAUAUUGCCAAUACAAACGAAAAUGACAAAAACGAUAUGAAGAUUCCAUUGCCAAGGCGCAGUAGUCGACUAAAUCACAAUACCAGUCCAGUUAGCCCAAUUACACCCGUUCAACUGUCUAACAAUGACCAUGGUGGAAAGGAAAAUAUUUUAUAUCAAGUGAAAGAUAAUGAGCUGGAGGCAUCAUUAUCUUCAACUGUGUUCAAUUACGACAAUACAUCCUCAAGUAAUAAAACUGAAUCCAUUGAUACGACAAAAAAUGGAAAAUACAGCGAUGACAUUACAGCUAAUGUGUCUGGUCAGAAAAGUAUGACACCUAAAUUAGACUCCGUUGGUAAGAAAAUUUCAAUUUCAACGAAAUCUUUUUAUUCUUCUAAAUUACACCCGAAAUCGAUAAGCUCAAAAAUAUUACAUGUUGAAAAUUCAUUACAUGGUAAUACAACAGCACGCGCACGCAAUGAAAGAAGAUCAUUUCAUUCUAUUAAUAAAGGAGUUCACCAUAAGAUUCGUCGCCCAUCCAGAUCGCUAAGUUUAAAUUCUCAUACGAAAUCAAAUGUUAAUGUUGAUCUUCUUUUAAGUAAUAUGCGAAAUGAAAAAUUACGAAAUCUUAUCACAUCCAAACGUAUCAUAAGAGAUCAAAUUGAAAAAGUGCAUAGCAUAUUUCGAAAUAGCGCGAAUCCUAUCGAAAUGGCACGUCCACUAAGUGUUCUGAGCUCUGCAGACGAUUCCAAUAAUAAUACACUUGAUAUAAUAGUAUCAAAACAAAAAAAUGAUUCCUUUGAUUUAACUGAAACUGGUUUUUCUGAUACAGAGAUCGACGUGAAUGAAUCUGAAUUAGAUACUGAAAAUAUUGUCCAGGAUGUAAAUGAAGAAAUUAUACCUAUAAUAACAUUUCCUAAAUACGAACCAUCUGAAAGUGAAUAUGACUGCAUAGAAACCCCAGCGCAGUUGACAAAGCGGAAGUUUUUCAAAACAGGACGUACGACAAAUACUAAAAAGGAAGUUCAAAUAACUGACCACAUAAAGGCUACAGUUUGCAAUGGGAAACUACGCAUACUUGAGGAAAAUAUGAAAAUAAAAAGAAAACCCAAAAUUAUAACUAAUAAAUUUUCAGACGAACAGGCAACUGUAGAUAAAAUCCUUAAAGCUUUGGAUGACACAGUUCUUGAAGAAACAGAACAAUCAAUAUAUGAAGCUGAUUCAUUAAAAAUAAAUAAAAUUGCUACUAAAAAAUCUACGCACAACGAUCUGAUUGAUCUAGCUAUAGUUGACAAAAGCGAAUUUUGCGAAAGCUUUCAUAGUCGUAUACCAUAUAAGACAACAGAUCCAGCUGUAGAAGAACAGCAACGAUUAUUAUUAAACUUUUUAAUCAGCUUUAACAUAUGCACCGAAGAAAAUUUUAGAAUAUUCAUUGCUGAUCCAGAAAAUCAUAAAGAGGAAGCUUCACAUAUAUUAGAUCAAUUUAUCGUCAAAGGUCAUAAAGAAUUUCGAGAACGUAUUCCUUAUAAUACUUCUGAUCCAAUGGUGAUAGCGCAACAAAAUAGAUUUUUAGAAUAUCUAAUUGAACAUGAGAUAUGCACAGAAGAAAAUUUUGAUAUUUUUAUUGCUAAUUAUGAAAAACGUAAAACAGAAGCUGCAGAGAUUUUAUUUCACACCGAAACCAGUAAAUUAAAUAUGCCUAAAAGUAGUGCUGGUUCGAAUCUGCCACCUACAAUUGAAAACAACAUAUGCAGUACUGAAAAUAGAAUCCUCCAUGUUUAUUCAGAGGCAUCGCCGCCUGCAUUACAAUCUGACUCUUUAGAACUUCAGGAGGAAACGCAAAAACAAUCUUAUCCAAUGUUUUUAUCGGGCUGUUAUCAACCUCUUAAGCAAACAUCUUCACGUGCAAUUUAUCGUAAUUGGAUGGGUCAAGGUAGAGACCAGUAUCAAAUUGACGCAGGUCAAAAACAAUUUGGUCCACAGCAGUGCAAGCAAUGUGGACUUUUAUAUAAUGUACACGAACCUGAAGAAGAAAAACUCCAUCGCGAAUUCCACUCUUCGUUGAAUAUUCUACGUUAUAAGGGAUGGAUUGAUGAAGAUAUUGUUGCAAUCUAUCCAGAGUGGGGAAACGAUGGUCGCAUAAUUCGUUUAACUAAUAACUCGCAUACUAAGCGAAAAGAACGUUUGACAGAAAUAUUAAAGAUAGUGGAUAAGGAACUUGGGUUUUCAUCGUAUAUAUUUCCAGGAAUAUUUGUUUGCUACUGUGCUGUGCGUAAAAGCCAAAUAGUUGGGUUAUGUUUGGUUGAGCCGCUUUCUUUCGCCAACAAAUACAUGUCCGUUAAAGGCAUAGAUUGUUGUACUGAAGAAAAAUAUGAAUCAAAGUGUGGAAUUUCUCGCCUAUGGAUCUCACCAUUACAUAGACGAAUGCGCAUCGCUUCUAAGCUAAUUCAAGCUGUUCAACUGAAUACUUUACCUAGUGAACAAAUUCCUAUUGACAAAAUCGCAUUUAGUGCGCCAACUGAGGCUGGAAAAAUGUUUGCUCAAAAAAUUACAAAAACUGAACAUUUUCUUGUAUAUCAAUAACUAAAGCUAUUUCUUUGUUGAAUUUUUACAUUUUUACUACUUAGUAGCAAAUCACAUGUAGAAACUUUAAAUCAUUUACUGUUUACUAAAAUUUUUAUUAAUAUAUGUAUUAUAAAGAAUAUAUUUUUAAUAAGUCGUAUUUUUUUUAAUCAUAAUAUUAAGACAGUACAAUCUAUAUUUGUAGAAAACGGUGCUGUUUAGGCAUUGAUUAAGAAUACUUGCGACUAUUUAAUUUUUAAUAAAAACAAACUUCAAUUAUUUGAUGUAGCUUUAUUUUAUUGUUAUUAUAUAUUGUGAACAUAAUUUCAAUACUAAGCGAAAUGAAAGAAAGAUAGUAAAUAAGAAAAAAAAAAAGACAGAAACAUAUUUUUCAUGAAUAUGUAAUAAAGCUAAAUAACCGAAAAAAGAUACAAUUAAACAUA